GCAUAAAAUACAUAUCCAUAACUAUCCUUUCACGACAAGUAGGCACAAUGCUAGUUGUUUUCCUGUUCUAUAUCGCCAAACAAGUUUCCUACUUUGAAAACAAGAAUAAAAGCCAUGUUCCCGGCUGGACCAGCACGCCGCUUGCUACAGCGCUUCGCUCAUUCCAUAUCCGGUGCAUUGCCACGCCCCCAGCCCGCCAAGGAGGACCCUCGGCCCAAGGAAGAGUUGCGAUAUGUUCGCCUGCCGAAGGACUUUCAGCUUCACCUCCUGCCGCAGAUGACUGGCCCCGACUUGAUUGUGCCUCUGAGCAAAGUCGACGCCCUGCGGUACUACCGCCAGAUGGUGGCCCUUCGGAGCCUGGAAACGGCGGCCGCCAAUCUCUACAAGGAGCGAUUCAUCCGCGGAUUCUGUCACCUGUACUCUGGCCAGGAGGCGUGCGCCGUGGGGAUUCGGGCGGCGAUGGGAGAACAGGAUAAACUCAUUUCGGGAUAUCGAAUACACGGCUGGGCGUACAUGAUGGGCGUGUCAGCUCAAGGUGUUCUGGCAGAGCUCACGGGUCGCUCCACAGGCUGUUCCGGCGGAAAAGGAGGAUCCAUGCACAUGUACGGAAAGAACUUUUUCGGCGGAACGGGCAUCGUGGGAGAUCAGGUUCCUCUGGGAGCAGGUCUUGCCUUUGCUGGAAAGUAUCUGAAGGAUGGAUCCGUGGCCUUGGCUCUUUAUGGAGACGGUGCCGCCAAUCAAGGGCAGAUCGCGGAGACCUUCAACAUGGCGCAGUUGUGGCAACUGCCACUCGUUUUCGUUUGCGAGAACAACAACUACGGCAUGGGCACGAGCUCCAAGAGAUCCUCGAGCAACGACAAGUACUUCAAAAGAGGCGACCUUCUGCCCGGCAUUCGAGUAGAUGGCCAGGAUGUGUUGGCUGUGAAAAGUGCCACGAAAUUCGCUAUCCAGCAUGCCAGGGACAAGGGUCCUUUGAUAGUGGAACUGGAGACCUAUCGGUAUGGCGGGCACUCCAUGUCGGACCCAGGGACCAGUUACCGGACUCGCGAGGAAGUUCAGAGGAUUCGAGCCGAGCGAGAUCCCAUCAAGAUCUUUCAGACAUUGUGCUUCCAGCAUGCCCUGAUCUCCCAGGAUGAGCUCAUGGAGCUGAACAAUCAGGUGAAGGCGGAGAUAAAGGCCGCCACCAAAGCAGCAAUACUGGAUGGGGAGCCAUCCUUGCCAGACCUUUGGAGCGACGUCUAUUCGGGCCCAUAUGAGGGUCCUUUGAGAGGUGCCAUAGGAGACGACUUGGAGCACCUGAGAUUACCCAAGAAAAGCACAAACUGAAGAAAAGCAGACACUGAACAAGAAAAAUUUGAAAUGAGUGUGAAAGGAGUAGUCUAGUUAACACUUUGUAAAUCACGAAUAAAACUUGUGUGCUUUAAGGA